UCUAGAUUAAGAACAUUUUUUUAAUGUUUUAUUGAUUUUGAGAGAGAGAAGAAGGGAGAGGGGACGGGAGAAACAUUGGCUGCCCCCUGCACGCCCCCUACUGGAGGAUGAGCCCCAAACCCUGGGCAUGUGCCCUGGCUGGGAAUUGGGCCCCCUUGGUGCAUAGAAUGACGCUCACCACUGAGCCACGCUGGCCGGGCUGCACUUUUGUUGGCUGUUGUUCUCCCCCCUUUCAGGCUUGCUCUGACCCUAGAUCUAUGGCGAGGCCCAGAGUCUCCCUGGGGCCCAGGGAGCAGGCUGGUGGCCAGGGACUUGCAGAGCUGCGUUCUGAGGACAGAGCAGGACCUUCUGCCCUGGAGACGUGGCGUGCCCCUCCUGAUGCCCUCGGCCCCCCACCCUCGGGCCAGUCCAGCCCCAUCCACAGGAAAGAAGGCUCUCGGAGGGGCUGCCUCUCCCCAUCUCCUGAAGUCUCCCCGCAGGGGUGGGGGCCGUACCCCCAAACCUGCCAGGAGGGUCCAGGUGAGUCUGAGGAGGCGAUGAUGCCACACCUGCUCUCAGGGGAGACGCUGCGUGGCCUCACCCUCAGACCGAGCCCUUCCCAGGUCCCGUGAGGGCCCUCCACCGCCCACAGCCCGAGCCUGGGGGAGGGGCUCAGCCUGGGGGAGGGGCUCGCAGGUUGCCAUGGCAACACGUUGGCCCUCCUCACUUUCCAGGAUCAGAAAUAGCAUUGUAUGCCCUUCUUCCUGGUGAGAGACUAUUUAAAACACGUGGGGGGGGGGGCGGGGAAAUGUGCUUGCUUGAUCCCCAGGGGCUCGCAGAGGGACCUGCCCGCGCCUCUCCAGCUGCCCCUGUCCCCCCUCCCCCAGGUGGAUGGACAGGAGCGGGCUCUGGCGGCCGCGAAUUCCAGGUACAAAGGACUCGCCUGGCCUCUCCGGUGUGUAGCUAGCGCUAGCCCCUACUCAGCACCGCCAGGUUCCCGGGAGGGCACUGGCUUCCUGGUGCCAACUCGAAAUGCCCCUCCCAGGCCGGGCCACCUGCUGAGCUGGGAGGAGGGGCAGGCCGCUGGGGGACACCCGCUGGGGUAGGGCUGCCGCUCAGGAGCGAGACCUGCUGGCUUCCCUCCCCCAGGGCCGGACAGACGGUCAGGGGGCUCCCGGGGCCUCCCGCCCCGCCUCCCGCCUCCCAGUGCAGCCCACCCCAAGGGCUGCACAAGUCCUAGCAUCUCUGUUGUGGGGAAAACCAACCCCCCAAAAGUAGUUUCCUUGGGGUCAGAGAUGAAUGAAGUCAGCCGUGUUCAGUGUGUGUGUGUGUGUGUGUGUGUGUGCGCGCGCGCCCACAGGCAGGCCACAGGCCCUUGGGCUCUGCGACUGUCCUGGGCCAUAGUGCAUGGUGAGAGCAGUGUCCAGAGGCCCCAUUCAUUCAUGUAUACAUACAUAUAUGUUUCAGAGAGGAAGGGAGAGGGGGAGAGAGAGAAAAAUCAAUGAGAGAGAAUCAUUGAUUGGCUGCCUCCUGCACGCCCCCCUACUGGAGAUCGAGCCCAAAACCCAAUCGGGAAUUGAACCAGUAACCUUUUGGUGGGCAGGACAACACCCAACCGGCCAGGGCCUGUGCCCAUUCUUAAAUGAAGGCCGCUCCUAGGGAAGGGGUGGGGCCCUGGGGGCUGGGACCCGGCUGUGUCAGCCUCUGCCCCGCGCUGAGCCAGGAAGCCGCAGGCACAGCUCGGUGCUAGCCUGGGUCCCGGUCACACCGCUUCACACCCCACGGCCAACUGUAAGCACUAUUUUUAACUUCUGUGAAAACACACGGCAUCAGAGGUCAAGCCUGCAGCUGCCUUCUCCACAAACCUGUUUCCUGGGCAGAAAGACUGAGGCCUGAGAGGACCCAGCGCCGGACGGACAGAGGGAGGAGGCCCAGGCCUCUGGCCCUGAGCAGCUCCCCAGAGGGCCGCCUAGGCCUGUCCUCCAGGGUCGCAGGCACGCCUGGGCCUGGGCUGGCGGUCUAGGCAGGUCCCAUCCUCCCGGCCCCUCUGUUUGCCCAUCUAAGAAAUGGAGAGGGGAGCUGCCCCCGCAUUUCCUAGGUGCCCGCCCUACGUCCGGUCCUUUGUCCGACUCGCCCGCCCCGUGUAGGCAGCUGUGCCCACUGUGUGCGCAGCCCUGCACCCCUCCCCCCCCAUGUGCGCUGUGUGGAGGGCUCUGUAACCACGAUGUCCUUACUGUGCCCCACUUGUCCUUGCACUUGGCUGGCCCGUGCACACUGUGACCUCGCCCUGCGCCCAGUGCUCCAAGCCCCCUCCGGCCACCACGGGGAAGCUGACACAAUGUGACAAGAGCUAGAACACUGGGGACUUGAGAAUUCUGAGCCGAGGCCCCGCCCCCAGGGCCCUGUGGUCCCCACCCCCAGCUCUGCAGGAUCCCAGCCCCAGGUUUCACGGAUGUGGCUCUGGGAGGGGGCUCUGAGGCACAGACGGAGGGGAGCCAUCUGGAGCAGAGCCACUGCCAAGGGCGCGAGAACCCGGGGAGCCUGGGCUGGGGCCUGGGCCCUCCCCCGCCCCUGCCUCCAGGGCUGGGUGGGCAAGGAGCCUCUGUCACACCUGGAACUGCAGCCAGGGGUCAGGGCUCCAUCUCAGGUUGCCACCUGGGAAAUGAGGGGAAAGGAAGGCCCGUCGUGCCUGGGAGGUAGACGGGGAGCCUGGGCUUCCUCAGCGUCUCCCCGCCCGCCUUCCUCCCUGGGCCUUCCCCUGCCCUCCCGCUCCCAGGCACUGCCCUCUUCGGGCACCGGCACCACCGCCUGAGCAGAGAGGCCCCCUGGCUGGGAGGGGAGAGGAGCGGCCGAGGCUCCGCAGGCUUUCCUGGGCGACCUGGGCCUUUCUGUCUCCCCAGGCGGGUGGGGCCCCUGGUUUCCCACACUCUGUCACCCCCACCCAGGUCACUGGGGGCUGUGAUGUGUGGGGUCGUCAUGGCAGUAAAGUGGGGGCAGGGCCCUAGGCAUGGAGCAGGACUAUGGAAGUCACCAAGCAGGUGGGGGACCCUGAUCCAUCGGACCCCCAGGGCCACCCCUCAGCCAGGAGCCAGCAGCUGCUGGGGGAUGGCCUCAGGGAGUCUCAGGGACCGUGGAUAAACUCGGGGCCCAUAUGCUUUAGGCAGCGGCUGUCAUGGUCCCCCGAGGCCGUCACUGACGGGGCCUGUGGCCCAGCCUCCCAGGCCCCCGGUCCUGCGCCUGUUCACCAGCUCCCCUGGGGCCCCACUGAGGGUGGCGCACAGUGUGGCUCGGAGCAGGCCUCCCAGGACACCCCGAGACUCUCCUCCACCGGCCAGCAUCCCAGCCCCGUCGUGGAAGCUCAAGUGCAUCUCGUCCUGGAGAAUGAGACCCUGCCCCUGCCCUGGGGCACACCCAGGGACAGCUCCGAUGGCCUGGCCCAGCUCGGGGGCCGCAGUUCCUGGCUUCAGGUGCAGGAUGCGAGGGAGCGCAAGGCUCCGGCUAAAGUCCUGGUAGGCUGGGGCAAAGGCCCCUGCAGCACCCACCAGAAAGCCCCCUGGGGCCUGGCAAGGAGCCCGCAGGUCCCCUGUUUCCUUUCAGGGGAUAUUGGCUCAGCUGCAGCCCUAGGUCCUCCUCACGCUCCAGCCCAAGAUCAGGGUCGGUGCCCGUGGCCGGCUCAGGCACCUCCGGCUCCAGCGCGGGCCAACACUCCAGCUCUGCAGACAACCCUCACGCCGGCAGCAGUGGCACGUAACACCUGCAGCCGCGACCACCUGCCCGGGAGCCUCGCCACCGCCAAGGACUUGUCCCGGGACCUGCCCAGGGAGAGUGGCAACCAGUGGUCAGGCCUCUUGGAGACUUCCAAGGUGGUCACAUUCUGCCAGGACAACGUGAUCUUUGGUUCUCAGCCGCUCCCCACCCCAGGAGCCACUCCGAGAGAGUCCCCAGACCACGCCCCCGAGCUUGAAGCUGCCAGAAGGCCGGUGCUACCGAAGCAGCCUGAGACUCCAGCAGAGAAGCCGCUGUUCUAUACCUUUAACCUAGACUGCCCCACACCAGUCCCAGGAAGGCCGGGCACCCCCACAUCCCAGAGGAGCCUCCAGGAGGUCAGCUCGCAGCCAGAAGGGCAGUCCCUCAGGGCCUGCAGCCUCACCUGUGCCAGGGCGCCGCCCCCCGCCUGCCAAGUGACCUGCCGCGGGCAGCGCCCGGCCCAGCCUCCCGGGGAAGCCACGCAGAGGCCCGCCUCCAGUGCCCCCACCUGCCAGCUCCAGGACCCUGCGGAAGGCCACGUGCUGGUGUUUGACAUGGACACGGGCAGCACCAGGCUGGGACUGCUGUGCCAGGACCCCCUGGGCUCACGGGCGGUACUGGUGGGCCUCGUGCCCAACCCCCCGCCCGUUUAUGCCCCUGAGAAUAUGCCGUCCACCUGGCCAUUGGCCGUGCCUGUCGCCUCCCCUAACCGCGAUCGCUCCAGCUUCGGGCCCAUCUCGUCGGUGCUGUCCAGCCCCGUGCCCUCCAGCCUCUCCUCUGGCAGCUACCGCGAGGUGGCCCUGGCUCCCAAGGAAGCCAAGCUCAACCUGGAGUCACGGGACUCCCCUGGUACCGAGACACCCAUCAGGGUGAGCCUGCUCCCUGCGCCCCUUCCACAGCGAGGGCCCCUCCAGUUUGGAGGGAGGACACUGAGCCGCGUCCAGGAUCCUGGCUGGCCCAAACCUACGGCUGAAAAAAGCGAACCCACUCACGCCAUCUGGGUCCUGGAUGCGUCCGCGAUGCAGGAUGCCUUUGCGGGCCAGGCCAGAGGGCUGCAGGUGACCAUCCCAGAGCCGGCCCCAGAGCCAGCCCCGCCAGCCACAGCCCAGGAGGCAGCCAGAGCCCUGCUCCUCGCGGAUACAGGCAGCCACACCCGGAAGGAGGCCAGGACUGCUCACCCUAACAAACCUCGGGCUGAAGGGACUAGGCAGGCCCCCCUCAGCAGUUGGCCCUCACUCGCUGAGCAGCACCCCCUCUCUGGACAGCCCCCUGCAGCGGGUCAGCCUCCCUCUGCUGAGCAGCAUCCCUUUCCUGGCCAGCCCCCUCUCCCUGGAAUCCCUCUUGCCAGGCAACUCUCUCUCACUGGGCAGCCUGCCUUUUGCCAAGAGCCCACCAUCUCCAAAGAGCCCAUCCUCUCAAAAGGCCCCCCCUCCACCAGGGAGGCUGGCCAGGCCCCCACCCAGUGCCAGGAAGGGGAGGCCUUGGGUCUGCCCACCCACGUGGGGAUACUUCGGGUGCCCCUGGCCCAGGAAAAGACCUGCGUCUAUGUGAGCAGAGAAACGGUGGGCCUCAGUGCCCCUCCCACAUCCAACUCCCAUUGGCUCUCCUCCUGGCCGCCUGGCAGCUCUCACAUGGCCCCGGAGGAGCAGCUCUCCCUGGUCACAUUCACCACACCUGGCACCAGCUACAAGGUCUUGCCCAUGGCCAUGGUGGGCACUGUGCCCCAGGGCCCCGGGCUCAAGCUGACAGCGGAGGACAUUACCGACUCGCCGGUGGUCACGAGCCUUGGCCUGCUCAGCGGGGCCUACUGUGCUCUGCCGGGGCAGUCCCCCGGGCUUUCGCUGGGCCACUUCCAGAGCUCGGCGGCCGUGGUGAUCGACACAGGCUCCGGCUUCACCAAGUGCGGCCUGGCCGGGGAGGACCACAUCCUCAGCGUGGUGCCCUCCCAUGUGCAGCUGCUGCAGCAGCCCGCCCAGGACCCGCCCAGGUACGCGAUGCUGGGCGCCGGCGGCGGCUCUUACACGGUGCUGAACCGGGGAGUGGUCUCCGACUGGGACGCACUGGAGGUGCUGUGGCAGCACCUGUUCUACUGCAAGCUGGGCAUGCGGCCCGAGGAGCUGGCCGUCCUGGUGGCUGACUCGCCCAUCUCCCCGCGCACCAACCGCGAGAAGGUGGCCGAAAUCCUCUUUGAGUGUUUCCACGUGCCGGCCAUGCAGACCGUGCACCAGGCCCUGCUGGCGCUCUAUGCUUACGGGCGCACCACCGGGCUGGUGCUGGGCAGUGGCCACGGCACCUCCUACGUGGCGCCCAUCCUCACCGGGGAUCUGGCCCCACUGGACACCUACAGGCUGGAUGUGGCCGGGGCUGACCUCACGGAGUACCUGGCUGAGCUGCUGCUGGCCGGCGGCCACUCGCCGCCCAAGGCAGGGCUGGUCAGCCACCUGAAAGAGACCUGCUGCUAUGUCGCUCUGGAUGUGAAAGCCGAGAUGGCCCGCACGCAGGCCCAGUCCCGGGCGAGCUUCCUGCUCCCGGACCAGCAGGUCAUCACCCUGGGCUCCGAGCGCUUCCGCUGCCCCGAGGCCCUCUUCCAGCCACACCUGCUGGGCCUCAACCAGCCGGGCCUCCCGCAGCUGGCCCUCCUGAGCAUCAGCCGGCUGGAGCCCCGGCAGCAGGAGCAGCUGCUGGCCAACGUGGUGCUGGACGGGGGCAGCACGCUGGUGAGCGGCUUCCCUGAGCGCCUGCGGCAGGAGCUGGGCCCUCGUGCCACCGUGCUGGGCUCUCCGCACCGCGCCGUGGCCGCCUGGCUGGGAGGCUCCAUCAUGGCAUCCCGGGACUCCUUCCAGAGUCUGUGGCUCAGCCGCCGGGAGUACGAGGAGGAGGGCCCGUGGGCCAUCUACAAGUACCAUCUAUGAGCACAUAAAGUUCUGGUUCUGUGGGCUUUGAGUGCUGUGGCGUGCUUUAGGCCCAGGGAGGUGUGGAGAGGAUGGGGUCCCGGCAGGGGUUCGGGGCUGGGGCCCCUGGCACACCUGAGUCACACCCGCCUCCGCGCACUGCAACUCCCCAGGUCCCGGCAGUCUCUCCCUCCUAGAGCCCCUGAGCCCCUUGGCAUUGGCUCUGGUCUAACCUGACCUUUAUUGCACCCCAAGGGCAAACACAGAGAGUGGCUGCUGUGGGUUUUGCCCCGUUGCCCUGGCGACAAGUGCAAUUACCCUUGAUUGCCAGCUGGUUGCCAUGGCAAUUUCAAACAUAAUGUAAUAACCCACACAGCCUGGAGUGAGUCAUGGUGGGGGCAGCCCCUUCCCCUAGCUCCUGAGGAAAAGACUAUUUGCCCUCCCCCAUCCUGGGCUCUAUUCGGGGGGCUGGGGCCGGCAACAUAGACGGCAGCCACAUAGUCCCAUGGUGGCUGGGGCCCAGGAGCAUUGCUUGCCCCCUAGGGACAGUGCCUGUCAGGGUGUGGGCUUCUUGGGGGAGCUUGCCUGGGAGUGAGUGAUCUCCUAUCAUUGGAACUUGGCUGGGGCUCAGUACUGAUUGGCAGGGGUAUGGGAGUGCUGGCCUUUGGUGUCCUGGGACAGGAAGUGCGGGUGAGGGGGCAGAUAAGGCCUGGCUCCGGGGGUGGCGUGGAGGGGUACACCUGAGCUGUGGAUGGGACUUGGGCCUGUUUUGUAGGUUCUGUGGAUAUGGAGGCUCACACCUCAUCCUGCCUCUCUGACUGUCCAGCCUGAGUGGGAGCCAGAAUAGUCAACUUUGGGCUCCCUUCUUCCCUUUGGCCCCCCAGCCCAGGCAGCUCCCACCUCCCCAGGAGGUCUCAUAGGGGCUACUGGGCAAUGCCAAUGCCAAUGCCAAUGCCAAUUGCCCCUGCUCUUGUCCCAAACUCUGCCCUGCGCUGGGGCCUCCCGCCGUCCCUCUGGCCAGGGUGGUGGCUAGAAGCCACGGCUCCUGACCUCGUCUGGCUCUGAAAGGGGAGGUAGAAAUGGACCUGUCCCCCGAGCCCGUGGUCUGGGAGAGUUGAAGGGGUGGUGUGAAGCUGGUGUGGCUACUUCAUCCCCAGAGGACAGCUUGAGAUCGAGCCAAGACGAGGAAGCCCUCCUCUGCCUGAGCUGCUCUGGCUGGAGGCUGGAGGGAUGAGCUGUGGCCCAGCCCAGCCCUGGGCUGUCUUCAGGGUGCUCGCUGCACAAAGGACAAAGACCAGGUUUCAUCUCCCGCCACAAACACACAGGCACACGCACACACACACACACACACACACACACACACACCUGAGCGUGAGGGGCUGCGCUAAGUGUGAGACUAGAAACAGCCAAUAGCAUAGGGUUACACAGCCCUGCCCACCGCCAGCCAUGGUCCGGUCUCUUCCCAUUUCCUGUCCCCACACCCUGACUCAGUCUCCACAGUCCUGAGGCCUGUGUCAUACAGGAAGGGGACCAGAGUCCCCAGGGACCCGUGGCUCCAGGGACUAGCUACCGCAUCCAUGCGCACACGUGAGCGAGCACGCCUGAGUGCACACAGAAUGCAGACACACGUGCCCCCGGGCACCACUGCACACACAGUGCCGUUGCCUUCUCCGUCAAUAACAGAAGAGCGCGCGCACACACACACACACACACACAUGUGCACACACCCUGCCACGUGCUCUCACCCACAGGCACGUGGAGUGUGCACAGGACCCAGAAGGGGUGGAGCCCUGCCAGCAGCCAGCUGGGCCCCAGCAGCCACCUCUUCCCCUGCCUCUAACCCCCAUCCCAGCCUCUGCUUAGCCCCGCCUCUGCAUGCCUAGAUAUGCAUGCCCUUCGGGAAACACAGAAAACAUGGUGACACGUGUGACACGUGUGACCUGUGUGAGGUCAGCAGCCCAUUGCCCAGCUGUCCAUACAGCUUGGAGAACCAUGGUUUCGGGGACAGCGGGCGGACAGCAGGAAGGGCCGAGUGCGGGCUGCAGACAGAACUAAGCCUCCUGGGAGGAGACACGGGCUGCAGACACCAGCUUGCCGGCAGAUGCCUGCCCACAGGUGGCAUUGGGCUGCCCUGGAAGAGGUGACGUCACCCGAAGCCCGGCAGGGUGGGAAGGGGAGGAAGGUAGCGAGGGGCAGUCAUUCCCCAGGCAGCCUUACCUUCCUCACGUGGGGAGUCACUCCCCUUGGCAUCCAAGAGGAGACUCAACAUGGCAAAGGGUUGGAGCUGACCCCUCCCAAGGUGGGGUUGGCAGGCUCCCUGGGUGGGGUGGGCUGAGUGGAGAAGCCUAAGUCUGCCCUCCAGAUAGAGGCCUCGGGGCUUGUGAGGGGAACGGGCCAGCGUUGGCCCACAUGCCUCCCAGACAAGGGACAGAGGAUGGCCCUGGACUUCCCUUAGCGCUUCGGCCGGGCAGCUCUCAGCCCGCUCCGGCCAGGGCCGCCCCGUGGUCCGCCCAGGCCGUGCCGGGCUCCGUUGCCGGGGCUGGACCUCCGUUGCCGGGGCUGGACCUCCGUUGCCCUCUGGGCGGAGGUAGGUCCGCGUCCCAGAGCCCAGCCCAGGCCGCUGAUGGUGACCCUGCGCUGGCGUGUUUGAGGGUGACAUGACUGGGAAGAAAGCGGAGUCCACACCACGCCAUAGGUGACUCCUCUAGUUUGGGGAAUUCAGGGCUAUCGAGGAGAGGGCAGACUGGGCCACCCAUCCUGGCCCAGACUUGGGGACGGCAAAGGCUGUGGCCU